AUGGGGGUUCGGCACACAGCUGCGGCGUUCGGCAAGGCUGCCAUCGCACCGCGUCGUCACUCAGUCGAUUCCGCCGAAAGUCCAGCAUUGCAGGCACCAUCGUCGUCGAACAAGCAGCUGGUCCGGCAUCUCAACAACAGCAGGAGCUUUGGCAGCCUCGGCAGCUUCAACACCGCGGGCGAGAGCGAUUACUCAGUCAGAAACAGCGCCUUCACGAGGACGCCCGGCCUCAGGCGAAAAAGGCAAGCAAGGCAAACGCGCAGCCACAGAAGCACACUGGCCGCCGACGCGAAGGAGAGCACCGCUCGCGCGAUGGAAGAGUCUGGCGACCACGAGGACAUCGCCGCGUACAUCAAGAAAGCCUUCGAUGAGCAGCACGGUGCGAAGUGGCACUGCAUCGUCGGGAAACACUUCGGGUCCUUCGUCACCGCGCAGUCGAACGGCUUCGUGCACCUGCAUCUCGGCAAGGUGGGGUGCUGGAGGGGGGGGGGGGUACUCAUAGUCGUGCAUGCCGUAGUCGUUGGACCAUUGACCUCGCAUCCCUACAAAGCC